AUGGCCUGGACCCUUGUGCUCGCCCUCCUCACACUCUGCACAGGGCCUGUGACCUCUUCAGACCCUGCUCAGCCUGCAGCAGUGUCUGUGUCCUUGGGACAGACCAUCAGCAUCACCUGCAAGGGAGAACGUGUAAAAAAGUAUUAUCCCAGCUGGUACCAGCAGAAGCCCGGCCAGUCCCCCAAGCUUCUCAUCUAUGCUGACUCAAGCCGGACAUCAACGAUCCCUGAGCGAUUCUCUAGUUCAUGGUCAGUGGACACGGACACCCUGACCAUCAGCAGGGCCCAGGCCCAGGACGAGGCUGACUAUUACUGUGCAGUGUGGGAUGGCAGUGCUAAAGCUCACAGUGACACAGGCGGAUGGGGAAGUGGGACAGAAACCUCCCUGUGUCACCCUCCCCUCCAGCCCUGA